AUGGCGGGCUGCGGGCUGCUGCUGCGCGCGUUAAGCUCCAGCCUCUGCCCAUCAGUCCGUGUGCUGUCUCGGCCUGUGUGCCGGUCCGUGUGCCGUACCCUCUGCCGGACGAACCUUUCUGGCCCGCAGUCUCAUCCCCGCAGGAGCGUGGCCUCCUCCAGCCGCGUGUGCGCAGCUCUUAAGUUCACAGACAAGCAUGAAUGGAUCCGUGUGGGAGAGGAUGGCACCGGGACAGUGGGCAUCAGCAAGUUUGCACAAGAGGCACUGGGAGAUGUGGUGUACUGUGGCCUUCCUGAGGUGGGCACUCAGCUAGCUCAACAAGAUGAGUUUGGAGCCCUGGAGAGUGUGAAAGCAGCCAGUGAGCUGUACUCCCCUCUGACCGGAGAGGUGGUGGAGGUCAACGCGCUGCUGGCGGACAAGCCAGGCCUAGUCAACUCUUCCUGCUACGAGGACGGCUGGUUGAUGAAGAUGACCAUUGCCAAACCGGCUGAACUGGACGUCCUCAUGGACGAGGCUUCUUACGAGAGAUACAUCCGCUCUAUUGAAGACUAA